AGCAGAGAGAAGAUGAGGAAAAAGAAGAAACCCCCACCCACUCCACCCUUUCCAAUUUCAUCAUACUCAAAGACAGAGUUUUUUCUUAGAAAGAAACAGUCUCAGGAAAAAACACUUGUUCAAACUCAAGAACUGAUCCGAACUUGAUAGCCAUAUAGACCAAGAAAGAGAAGAAUUUGGUGCUGGAAUUUUCUGAUUUUCAUAAAAAAGUUUCACUUGUUGGGGAAACCCAUUUUCAGAUUUUAUUUCUGAUGAAAAAUCUGCAAAUUUGAGGAUUUGGCGGAGGAUUUCCUGUAUCAAACAGAGAUCUUGAGGGAGGAUGGAGAAGGAAGAGAAGAAUGAGGAAACAGAAGUAUUCUGUUUGCAGUGGGGAAGUAGAAAGAGACUCCGAUGUGUGAGAGUCAGAGGACCCCAACCUUGCAGAUUUCGCCGCAAAAUAUCAUCAUCUCAUUUCGCCACAACUAAAGACACCCUUUUCCCUCUUACCCCUCUUCGUCUUACCAGGAAUUCAGAAUCGGCGAUGCUUAGAUCGGAGGCAAGAAAAUCUUCUUCACCGGAGAAAGAGGAAAGGUGUUACACAACAAGAGGGUCAGCGGAGGAGAACGGCAAAAUUCUGGUGGAUAGCGCUGCAGUAAGUGGCGGCGAGAAUAACAUAGUUUGGCCAAAGUUGUAUAUAAGUUUGUCAAGCAAAGAGAAAGAAGAAGAUUUCAUGGCUAUGAAAGGUUGUAAACUUCCUCAAAGACCUAAGAAGAGGGCUAAACUUAUUCAAAGAACUUUACUUUUGGUGAGUCCGGGAGCAUGGUUGUCGGAUAUGUCUUUAGAGAGGUAUGAAGUCAGAGAGAAGAAGACUUCCAAAAAGGUACCAAAAGACCAAGAGGGUUGAAAGCCAUGGGCAGCGUAGAGAGCGAUUCCGAAUGACGAAGGCUCAAUAUGAACUGGCUCUAAGCUUUCUUCUCCCUUUUUUUUGGGGUACGUUUUUGUCUUCCAUGCCAAUUUUAGGGGGCAGACAAUUUAUUUGGUUGUCUCGACUUUGCUGUUGAUGAGAAGAUUGUCCAUGGGGAAUCAUGGUUGUAUCUAUUGGAAAUCUAUCCACAAUUUGUAGUUCUAGUGCCAUUCCUUUUUAUGUGAAAUCAAAGUAAUUCCCUCCCCCCUCCCAAAUUUCGAGCCUAAA